UCUGUGGACAAAAUUUCAGUAAAACGGCUAUAAGUUCGUAGGGAAGUCGGGAACUUUUAAUAUCUCAUGGGAGUUUAUCUUGUGCACAGAGUUCGAACUCAAAAGUGAUUUUCAAGUCUGGAAGGUUCCCUCAUAAGAUCCUAAGUAAAAAAAAAAGGACGUAUUACAGUAAUCGCCAAGAGAACUAUGUUCUCCACUACAUAUUUUAAGAUUAUUGAGCAGAUAAAAUGUUGUUUUCCGCGAUAAGUUUUGAUUCUAAUAAACAUUCGUGUUUCCUAAGCUCACAUAUGGACGAUGUUUUCGAAAGUACGGCUUAUCUAUUCUUUGCUGAUUACUUUUGUAGUUGAAGCAGCAUUAUUUCCAAUGUGAAUCAUGAAUGCUAUAUAGUUUGUCAUCAUCAAACCGAAAAGACUAUGAAUAAUUCUAAUUAUAUUAAAGUUUGAUCAGUUGAAGUAUGAUUUUACAACAACACUAGAACUAAGUCUGCUCAUUUUAAGUUUUUUUGGUUUUUACUACUUCCUGAAAGAAACUAUUCGUUACAUUUGACUUGACUAAUUUUCUUUGAAAAAGAAAAUCAAUUAGAUUUUUUCAUUUUAUAGGGAGUAAAUCUUGAUGAAGAUAUUCGAGUAUGGAUUGUUCAUACACAUGAAAUUCAUGUUAAUCAUCAUUAUCAUUCACAAUCUCUACUUACAUCUGCACUUGUUUAUUGUGAUGAUUAUGAUAAAAAAAUAAUCGAUCUAUUUGAAUAUGAUAUAUCAGAUCGUCGUACUUUAUCAAUAUUUGUUGAACAAAAAAUAUUUCUUAAUGGUAUUUAUCAACUAUUAACAUUUGAUAAAGAUGAUGAUCUUCUAAUUUUUGUUCGUUUUUAUAAUUCUCGAUAUGAAUCUCUUUUGUAUCAUGGUCAUUUUCUUUUUUCUCAACAACAAUCAUUUCAAAAAUGUUUAAAUGAUAUAGCACUUCAAAUAAAAGUUUCCAUAUCACCUUCGACAACAUUUAUUGUUCAUCAAGCUGUACCAACACAUAAUCAAACACAUCAAUAUGAAUUAAUAAAAGCUUCUAGUUAUGAUUUAUCAUUAAAUCAAGUACUUGAUCCAUGUUUAUCUGGUGUAUCGAUUAUAAUUCAAAUAAUUGAUAUUAAUCAAACAAAUGAUGAUUAUCCAUUAACAACAGUUGAAGAUUAUUUUCGGUAA